UUGACAUCUUUUGAAAUGUGUGAUUGUGUUGUUUGUAAACGACGUUUACGAAUAAUAUUCAUGAUAAAAGUGUAAGAAAAAAAUUAUUAAAUUGUUCAUGACAUGACUUGAGUGCAUUCCGUGAUAUUACAAAGUUGAAGUUGGUUAUUUGUCGUGAUGGAGCGUGGCAAAAUGUCUUCGACCGGCCGCGGCGGCAAGAGCAAGGCUCCACAACAUCCUCAGGAUAUAUUUGCUUUAGGCAGUAAAUCAACCGUGGUCGUGUCGAGAGAUUCGGAGAAGAGGAAUAUUCAUAAACCAUCUACUAGUGGUGUUGGAGAAAGAAAACGUGAAACAUCCGGAUUCGGCAGCCAGCCACCUAGCAAAAGGGCAAGGAUAGGUUCUCCUGCUGAAGCUGUCAGCGGUACCUCCUUAGAAGUAGACCCUGUGGAUCUGGUUCCCAAUGUUUUGCAAGCACUGGAUACCCACAACUCUGACAAAUUGCUGGGUCUUCUAACAGGAUCUAUAAGGCUUCUCAAAUCGCAGCGUUCAAAACCUGAUCCGAUUCUCUGCAUGAGUAUGCUGUAUUUGACAAAAAUACGUCCGAACAUGUUUGCUCAUGACACAGUAACACAGACCCUGUGUACUUUGUUGAAGAGAGAGCAAGGUGCGGCAUUCAAAAGCAAGGGUAAUCCCCUUGUGUUUGUUCUCGCCUGCAAUAUGUUGUAUGCGGGACAUAAAGACAGUAAUAACUGGCCAGAUACAUUUAUUAAGGUGUAUAUAGAUGAUGCAUUAAACGAGCGAUGGUGGGUGGACUGCUCUUGGUGUAAGUGCUUGGUGGAGAAUAUUGUCACUGCAUUUGGUACAAAGCAGCCUGCGGCUCACCUUAUACCCAGCGACAAUACACUAGGUACAAUGUCCCCCUCAGGUUCCGGGUCGCCGCUGAUGGGCAGCAACGAAGACGAUACUGACAUUUCGGACCUCGAGUAUUCUGUGUUUCCAAGGUACUCCAGCAGCUAUGAGACGGUCGAGGCUCUGGUGUUGGAGGCCAUCAAGGAACAAAUUCAACGAAGAGCUGCUCCGGACGCCAUCAGCAAGGGUUUCCUUAAGCUGCUUUCUGCUACUUGUGGCUUUCCAGAGAUCCGCAUGAUCGCGGCGUCGCGGCUGGAGGCGUGGCUGCACUCGGGCAAGCUGUGGCGCGCGGCGCAGGAGCUGCUGGCGCACGUGUGCGCCAACGCGGCCGCCACCGGGCCCAGCGCCGCGCGCGACCACGAGGCGCUGGCGCAGCUGGCGCGCAUGCGCCUCAAGACCAAGCCGCUGCAGGCCGCCUACCAGGCCUGCCUCAGGGAGAUGGUGUCGGAGAGCCCGGCGCUGCUGCGCAGCGUGGUGACCCACACGAUCUACAACGAGCUGUCGAACGUGCGCUCGCCCAACAACAUGGCGGUGCUGGCGGCGCUGGUGCAGGCGCAGCCGCAGCUGGUGCCGGCCGCCAUGGCCGACACGUUCCACGAGCUGCUGCUGCGCGCCGAGGACUACCUGCGGCCGCUGCGCGCGCUCACCCGCGAGCUGGUGCGCGCGUCGCGCUCGGACGCGCAGGCGCUGCUGCCGCUGGCGCGCGCGCUGGCGCUGCCGCCGCCCGCCGACCCGCCCGCCGAGCUGCGCGAGCGCGCCUUCCAGGCGCUGGCCGACCUGUUCUGCACCUGCUGCCUGGUGACGGCGGCGCACAGCAAGCACGCGGCCGACCACCGCUCGCAGCUGAGCUCGCUGCAGCAGCAGGCGCUGGGCUGGCUGCUGGACACCGCCGUGCCCGUCUACCGGCCCCAGCGGCACGACGCGCUGCACGUGCUCAACAAGAUAAUGUUCGUGGAGCCGGCGGAGACGUACAGCAAGGCGGACAACUGGCCGCCGGAGUCGGAGCGCGCGCUCACCUACCGGCUGUGCUGCGAGGCGCCGCUGGCGCAGAAUACGCUGCUGAGGCUCAUCUUCAUCGGGCUCUCCAAGGACAUACCAGUUUCUCCAACGGAAGUAUUCGAGCUGAUCGAGCAGCUGAUACGACGCGCGUGUGCUCUUCCUCCAGAAGAUCAACCCCUGCAGGUGGACAAGUUGGAGAUAGUCGACUACAUUUUCCAGCUGUGUCAAUUCCAUCCGCCGGAUAAUAUCACACUGCCUGCUGGGUACACGCCCCCUACCCUGGCGAUCACGUCGCUGUACUGGCGCGGCUGGAUGCUGCUGACCAUGCUGGCGGCGCACAACCUGCAGUUCGCCGAGCGCGCCGCCAGCGCCUACCCCACGCUGAGGGCGCUCGUCGAGUGCUGCAUCACGGGAAAACCAUCCAUCGAGUGGACAGGCGUGGGUGAAACCGAACGCCUGGAGGCCGAACGUGCGGCUGUGUUACAGCUGGAGACGCACCUGGCCGCCGCCAGCAACGCCAAGCUGCCCGUCACCGAGCACUCGUCGCGGCUGCUGGCGCAGUUGACGACGCUGGAGCCGACGGGAGCGGCGCGCCGCCCCCCGGCCGGCGUGCUGGAAGCGCUGCAGGCGCUGAGCGGUCAGCUGCGCCUGGGCCGCCUGCUGUGCCGCCAGCCCGCGCUGCUGCUGCAGUUGGUGGAGCGCCACGGCACGCGCCGCGCCAUGCCCUGGCUGCAUCAGCUGCUCAGGCACGACCGGCUGGAGUUGAGCGUGCUGCCGGUGCAGUGCCUGUGCGAGUUCCUGUCGGCGGGCGGCGGUGAGGCGGGCAAGGCGGGCGAGCUGAGCGCGCACCUGCGCCGCACGCUGGCCAGCGAGGAGGGCGCGCGCGCCGUGCUGCACUACUACCUCACGCGCCUGGCGCACGCGCACGCGCCCACGCGCCUCGCCGCCGCGCGCGGCCUGCGCCUGCUGCUGGCGCCCGAGCCCGCGCCCGCGGACUGCGCCGCCGUCGACCCCGAGUCGUGGCUGGCGCUGCUGCCGUCGCUGCGGCACUGGGAGGCGCUGCGCGGCGAGGCCCUGCGGCGCGUGCGCGCGGCCUGCCUGGUGGAGUGCGCGCCGCCGCACGUGGCCGCCUACCUGGCCUUCCUGGCGCAGCACGCGCCGCCCACUCUGCCCGACCUCACCGAGGUCGUGCUGGACCUCAGCCAGGUGCUGAUGGAGCGCACCACGGUGAUGAGCUACGUGCUGCCGCCCGUGGACUCCAAGGAGACACCCCGGGACGAGCACCUGCUGGCUCAGCACAGGGCCCUCCACGCGCUUACCAGUAUUUUCUACACACAUCUUCGACAGAUGCUGUCAAGUGAAGUCCCGGAAGUUCAGGAGCCGAUGGAGGAGGGUGGAGAGGGCUCGAACGGGUGGAGCGCCGGGGAGAAGAUGUUGUUGCAGUGGGCCAACGGGCGGAGGGCUAACUUGCACGUAGUCGUUGCGCAUGCGCAUCUCAAGCUCCUGUGCUUCGGACCUUCGUACUUCGACACGAACCAGGAGAUGUACUCGUGGCUGCAGAGCGUGUGGGUGGACGACGCGCCCGAGGCCGACGAGGCGGCGCUGCUGCCGGACUGGCUGCGGCUCAGCCUGGUGCGCUCGGCGCGGCCCGCGCUGCUGGAGGCCGGCCUGCGGGGCCUGCCGGCGCACAAGCUGGCGCUCUUUAUACAGACCUUCGGCAUGCCCGUCGCCUCCAUGAGUGCGCUGCUGGCGGCGCUGGACGCGUGCCCGGCGGGCGCGGUGGUGCGGCUGGGCGUGGAGCGCGCCUACAUGGCGCAGCUGCUGCGCGUGCAGCGAGCGCGCGGCGCGCAGGGCGGCCACGCCUUCGCCGCCGCCCUGCGCCUCGCGCGCCCCGCCUACCCGCCCGACGACACAUUGUUUGCGGAGGAGGCCCUUCCCGACGAGGAGGAGGACCCCUGGAGCUGUCCACGCCAGCUCACUAAGCUGGAGGUGGGCUCGAUCGGCGCGCUACUGAACACGACCUUCUUAGGAAUUGACACCUAUCGCGGAGACCUGGACACGGCGUUCUCACAGCUUCAUAGAAUGUUAGCGGAGGAGUCGGGCGCGGGCCCGGCGACGCGGGUGGUGCUGGGCGGGCUGAGGGCGGGCGGGGUGCGCGGCCUGUUCCGGCGCCCCGCCUACGCCGCGCCCCUGCUGCGCGCGCUCACUCGCCUCAAGCCCAGCGGCCUGCACGAGGUGGCGGGCGCCCUGCUGGAGCAGUGCAAGCUGGCGCGCGGGCCGGUGGCGGACGCCCUGCACGCGGCGCACGGGGACCCCGCCCGCCCUUGCGACCUCGAGCUGCUCAACCUCCCCGUCCGCGCUAACAAGGACCAGCUGGUUACUAUGCUGGAGUUUGCGACACCCAGCUCGCUGGAGGCGCUGGGUAACGUGAUCAUCGAGACACAAGACGCGCAGGUGGUGGUGGACACCAUCACACACCUGCUGGAGAAGAACCAGGAGGGCUGCUAUGACUCGCCGGUGAAAGUGGAAGCGGAAGAGGGCGGCGAGGCGGUGGCUCACGUGCUGUCGCGCCGGGGCCUCGGCUGCGGCCUCCUACUGGACUGGCUGUCGGAGCUGCAGCGCGAGACCCUGGGCCGCCAGAUGAAACUCAUGUUCGAGAAGGGGGGCGGCGCGUGGCGGCCGCUGCUGGUGACGCUGCUGGCGCACCGCGCCUCCUGGCGGACGCUCCACGCCGUGCUGGCCGCGCUCACCGCGCACGGGGGCUGGUCUCCUAAGGCAGUGCUGGACUUCGCGGAGACGUUGAUCGGUAGCCCACGUGUGUGGCAGGGACGGGACCGCACCACGCCCAAACACCACUCGCCCGAGGACUCACUAAGACUGUCGCACCACCAGUUGGGCGUGCUGGUGGGCUACAUAGGUGCGGAGGCGCGCGAGGCGGCUGAGGGCGCGGGGGGAAUGGAGGACGCGGAAGGCGCGGGGCUGGAGGCCGCGCGGCGCCGCAUCGAGGCGCGCCUGCCGCUGCUGCUGCGCUGUUGCGCGGCGCCGCGCGCGCUGCUGGCCGCUGCGCUGGCCGCCUCGCGCGAGCACCCUCUGUUGCUGCUGCUGCUCUACAUGAAGGUCCCGAAGGUGGUGCAGCUGCUGCGCGAGUGCGAGGAGCUGCCCCCGGCGGCGCCCCGGCCGACCGCCGACCCCGCCAGCCGCGCGGCGGGGCGCCGCUCCACCAGCGCCACGGACCGCGUGGCGCACUCGCUGCUCACCGCGCUGGCCGCGCCCGCGCCCCACCACCACUCCAAGGAGUACACGCAGAAGAUGUGGCGCGCGGAGGCGAACGCGCGCAGCGUGUUCGCGCGCUGCGCGGGGGCGGGCGGGCGCGCGCUGUCGCUGGCCGGCGCGCUGCUGCGGGGCGUGCGCGCGCGCCAGCAGCUGCAGCUGCAGCACCUGCUGGCCGCCGUCGAGGUGCUGCCCGACCGCGACCUGUUCGAGCCGCCGGCCGGGGACGAGGUGCACGGCAUCCUGGAAUGCUUCCUGGGCAUGCUGGGCGGCGGCGCGGGCGGCUCGCUGGCGCACCGCGUGGCGGCGCUGCUGCGGCGCUACCGGGCCGCGCGCCCGCAGCGUGCGCAGGCGCUGCUGCUGGCGCACCGGGACACCGUCGCGUCGCAGGCGGCGCUGGCGGGGCUGGCGGGGGGCGAGGGCGCCGGUAGCGCGGCGCCGCCCCCCCACGCGCUGCAGGCGCUGCGGCGCCGGGUGGCGCCCCCUGACGAGCUGAGCUGGCUGCUGCAGGAAGUGGAGGCGUGGGGCGUGCGGCGCGGAGGCGCGUGGGGCGGGGCGGGCGGCGCGGACGCGCUGCUGCGCGCCGCCGCCCCGCUGGCCGCCUCUCCCCACCCCGCGCUGCGCGGCGCCGCGCUGUCGCUGCUCACCAAGUUACUGCCCGCGGCGCCCGACACGCACCCCGGUCUCCAAGCUAUCCUAGAAUGCCUCGACUCAGAUCAACCAGAAAUAGCUCAAUCCGUGCUGGACAAGCUGCCCGAACUAAUAGUCGGCAUACAGGAACAUGCGGCUAGGAUACUUAAUCUUGUCUUCGAAUUGGGUAUGCGGUCGAGACUACCCGUAGAACAGUGCAUCGCUAAAUGUGUCUCUACUAUUAACCAUAAUAGGGGAUGUUGAAUGUAAAGUUAUGAACUAACAUAAAAAAGGUUUUUAAAUAAGAGUACAGUAACAAAAUGUAUAAAUUAGAUAUGAUUUUGUAUUAAAUAUAA